AUGGCCACUCCUGCGCUCACCAAGGAGCAGUACCCGCCCCGGUUGUCUCAGUCGGAACAGGAUGCUCUCGUGCAGACAAUCAAGGAUUGGGCCAUUGGCAAUGGUCUAUCUGUUCGGCCACCUCCCGCUGUGGUGUCGGCGGAGACGGACCCUAAAGGCAUCUUGGCAGUCAAUGUGCCUGUAACCCUCUUUCCUAGCCCGUUCCCCAAACAAUGCUUCGCUCAGGCGAGGGCGGUCCAAAAGACUUACAACGAGCUGUAUGCGGCCAUCAGCAGGGAUGAACAAUUCCUGAGCGAAAUGGUUGAUGAGGUGAAGGGCGGUGAUGACUUCAUUGGCAAGUUGUGGGACACUCAUUUGCGGGUGAAGAAGGAGGGCUAUACCCAAGACCUAUCCCUCGGGUUGUUUAGAUCAGAUUACCUUGUGCACCAAGAUACCUCGGCUGGGGAGCCUAAGCGUCAGGUAAAACAAGUCGAAUUCAACACCAUAGCCGCCUCUUUCGGUGGCCUAUCUUCCCGAACAUCGAUGCUUCACAAAUUCCUCUCCGUGUCGGAGUAUCCUCUUUUGAACAGUCCAAUCGAGGCUGGCUCUCUUGAUCAGCCUGAGAACCAGAGCGUCCAAGGCCUUGCAGGUGGCAUUCGUGCUGCUUUUGAUUCGUACGGGCCCUCCGAGCUUGGUCACAAGAAGUGUGUCAUCUUCGUCGUCCAAGGUGGCGAGCGCAACAUCUUCGACCAACGUCACCUCGAGUACGCACUUGCCAGCUCUCCUGAUGCGGUUCAGGUGUUCCGCAUCCCUUUCUCUGAGCUCCUUCAGCACACAGAGAUCGCCAACACACCCAAGCGUCAGCUUCUCUAUAGGGUGCCCAGGGAUCCCUCCAAGGUUUUUGAGGUCGCUGUCGCGUAUCUGAGAUGCUGGUACGAUCCGUCUGACUACCCAGACCAAAGCGCAUGGGAAGCUCGCUAUCAUCUCGAGAGAUCUUCGGCCAUCAAGUGCCCUACUGUUCUGACCCAGCUGGCGGGCAGCAAGAAAAUCCAGCAAGUCUUGGCAACGCCCCAGUCCGGGUCCUCGCCCUCGAUUCUGGGUCGCUUCAUUCCCGACAAUUCCCCUCAGACGGCGGAGGUCUGGUCAACAUUUACCAACAUCUUCCCGAUGGAUGACUCCAGAGCCGGUCUCGAUGCGCGCAAGAUUGCGCAGGAUCCGGAACUGUGCAAGAAUUACGUUUUGAAGCCACAGCGAGAAGGUGGCGGUAACAACCAUUACCGGGAGGAUAUCCCAAAGUUUCUCAAGCAAACCCCGGAAUCACACUGGGGCUCGUACAUUCUGAUGGAGUUGAUCACUCCUCCCAAGCAAAACAACAUCAUCCUGCGAAACGGGGACCUAGAAGAAGGAGGUGUGAUUUGCGAGCUUGGUAUCUACGGGACGGCUGUUUGGAAUCAGGGCACUGGGGAGGUGGUGCAUAACAAGGAAGCUGGGUACCUGCUUCGCACCAAGGGCGAUACGAGCAACGAAGGCGGAGUAGCUGCCGGCUUUGGGUGCAUGGACAGCUGUACGCUUGUCUGA